AUGUUCAGAAAGAUCCACUCCAUUCUCCACCCCGGGCCACAGGGGAAGCCGGCCGAGAGCCCUUACUACGCCCGGGCCAGCCCCACGGUCAGGCUGAUCCGCAGCAGCUCCAUGUACGUUGUUGGGGACCAUGGUGAGAAGUUCAGCGAGUCCUUAAAGAAAUACAGAAGCACAAACAGCAUGGACACCAGCCUGUACUACCUGCAGCAGGAGGACCGGGCAUGGAUGUACUCACGCACCCAGGACUGUCUGCAGUACCUGCAGGAGCUGCUGGCCCUGCGCAAGAAGUACCUCAGCAGCCUGGGGAACUUGAAGCCCCGCCGCGUGCAGACUGCCACGUCCACCUCCUCCAAGACCUCCAAAGGAGGGCAGAAGACCCCCAGAGAGGGCAAGAAAGCAACCUCAAAGAAAUACUCGCAGUUCAGUGCCGAUGUGGCCGAGGCCAUCUCUUUCUUUGAUUCCAUCAUUGCAGAGCUAGAGACAGAAAAACGGCCAAGAACUGUUGAAGCUGACUUGCCAAGUGAAGAUGUGGACUUUGAUGUGGCCACCAGCUCUCGGGAGCACAGCCUGCAUUCUAACUGGAUUCUGCGGGCACCACGCAGACAUUCAGAGGCUUUCGCUGCACAUAGCACUGCAGAUAGCCAGUUUCGAAGGAGCACAGAGCACAGGGCUAUAGGCACCCAGCGGCGGCUUGAGAGACAUCCCAUUUACCUGCCUAAGGCUGUGGAGGGGGCAUUCAACACCCUGAAAUUUAAGCCCAAAGCCUGCAAAAAAGAACUGGGGAGCUCCAGACAGAUCCUCCUCAACUUCUCCAGUGAAGACAUGGAGUGGGAUACAGAGCUCUUUGCACAGAAGCCCCUGGUGACUCCAGAGGAGGAUUACUAUGAGACAGAGAAUCCCAAAGGGCAAUGGCUGAUUCGAGAAAGACUCUGGGAACGGACAGUGCCCUGA